AUGGACGUCGAUCCGGAAGCACAGAGGCGACGCGAAGAAUGCGAACGCAAAGCACGGCGAGGGGAAAUGGACCCCCGGCUGGAGUUCGUAUUUCAACUCCUCAUGGAUGGCACCCAAUUACCGCGACAUCAAAUAAUGGAUCACAUUUUUGAAGGUGAUAUGUUGGAUGAAAUAAAUCAGCUGUUUUUGCCGAAUAUGCGGAACAAACUGAUGUGGUUUUAUCAAGAAUCAGAUGAACCAGAUUCGAUAGCACAGCAAGAUCAACAACCAAAAGCGGGACCAUCAAGAGCGGCUGGAACAUCAAAUACAUCGAAAACGCCACAAGGAACAACACCCGCUGGGCCCGUCUAUAAACAUAAGCUUUUUUUAACUGACGGAUGGAACUGUCCAUUUACCGGCACUUGUAUUUACAUCUUUCGGUUGAAUACGGCCAAACCUUUGCCUGAAGAGGGUUUUCAGAAGGAUUUGUACUGCGGGUUAAUAGAUGCAAAACGAGUUGGUUUAGUGACGUCAAUUGAACGAAUUGUUGAAUUCGUGUUCAUGCAAGCAUUGGCAUAUCCAAACACUGAACUUGAUGAUGACGACAUGGGCUGUAGUCUAAUUAAAAGUCAAUUAUUGCCGAGCCUACGGUCAUUUUGCAGUGCACUUCGUGUAUGUGAACAGGUGUGCCAGAACAAAAAUGUAUUCGACGAUGGUAAAACAUUGUUUCCAAAAACCGGCAUCAACACCGAAGUGCAAGAGAUGUCAACGAACAAGGAAUUUUGCGGUGAGCUCGAAGAACGGGUUUUAAAUUGGAUCAAAGAUGUUGCAAAAGUACUCAUGGAAAGUGAACAAUUACGGAAAGAGAAUGACACAAGUGGGCCACAGGAUGAAUUAGAGUAUUGGAAAAAAAGAGCAGCUCAAUUUUCACAGCUUUUAUCACACUUAGAGGAUAGAGACACUCAAUGCACCAUACAAUGCUUGAAUUUAGCCAAUUCGAAGGUGAUGAAAGAAUGGAAGGAAACAGAUAAAAAGAUUACAUUUUGCUAUAAUGAAGCACGCGACAAUUCGAAAUUUAUUCAAGCAAUCGAAAGUAGUUGUCAUGCACUCUAUUUAGAUGACCCAGUAAAUAUGAAAGAAUCCAUUUUGGGACUUUUACAAACAGUUCGCUUAAUUUAUAGUGUCUCACAAUUUUACAAUACUUCUGAACGCACAUCAUCUUUAAUGGUCAAGAUAACCAAUCAAAUGAUUGAAACAUGUAAAUCGUAUAUAACAUUUCGUGGAAAAGAGACGAUUUGGUCUCAAGAUCGAAGUUUGGUGCGAACUCGAUUGAGCAAUUGUAUUAAAUUGAAUAACAUGUAUCGAGAAACGUAUUACGGUGUACGUGAACAGCCUUUUUUGCCAAACCGAUCACCAUUUGGCUUUUCCGAAAAUUUCGUUUUCGGAAAAUUUGAUACAUUCUGUGACCGAUUAUCAAAGAUAAUUGCAAUGUUCAAUUUAAUCGACGACUAUAAUCAUCUGUUUGCUCGCCGCUUGGAAGGACUAUUGCUGGGCGAGGCACUCGAAGAGGCAAUGGCACAAUUUGAUGAGGCCAAAAAGCUUGUUGUUUCAAAACGUUAUGAUUACUUGGAUCAUCGCAAUCCGGAGUUUAAUGUCGACUACAACGCAUUUAUAGCCAAAACUGAUGCUUUAAAAACAUCGAUUGGCACUGUGAUUGAGUCGAAUUUCGAUUCUGUUUGGGAAACGCCGCAAUGUAUGCGAUUUUUAAUUCGAUUCGAAAAGGUUAGCGAAAAGAUACCCUUGACAAUGAUGCAAGAUAAAUACGCACGUAUUCUGAAGUACAGUGAAAAAGAAGUUCAACGAAUUUUGACAUUAUUUCGCAAACAACGUGACGAUCCACCGCUGCCACGGACCCUUGCGCCUAUUUCAGGUAGAAUUAAAUGGUGUCGCGCACUGGAAUGUCAUUUAACGGAGUUAGUUUCAAGUGUAACAUCGCAUGCUGUAUUAAAAACACUGCCGACAACCAAAGAUCUCGAAAAUAAGUACAGUUCAGUUAAAAACAUCCUCGCCGAAUACGAACAAGAAAUGGUGAACAUUUGGUUAGAUCAAGAUGUGGCUGUGGCCGACGUUGCACUUCUUCAACCGGUAUUGGCUCUUCAACAUGAACGAUUGUAUGUUAAUUUACAUCCAACUAUUCCGUUAUUGAUAAGAGAGGCUACAUGCUUGGCGAAAAUGAAUAUUGAACUACCCAUCGUUGCUGCAACAUUAUUUGCAAAGCAACAACACUUUUACACCAUUCAAGAUUCACUAAAUGAAUUAAUCAACUUGUUCUUAAAAACAGUAAAACAAGUAAAGCUUGAAGUUCGUCCGCUUUUCUUACCACAAUUGGUUCAAUUGACAUCACUUUUGAAGCCGGGCUUGACUCGAAUAAAGUGGACCAAUCCACGAUGGGUGGAUUUCUAUGAAAAGUGUAAAAAUGCCAUUGAAACGUUCGAUGUGCUGGUUGUACGCGUUCAUGAUAUUUAUGCGAAUCGCAUUUUAAAUGUAUUAACAUCAAUGCAUGACAUUUCAUUGCAAACUCUCCCGUCCGGCGACGAAUUAUGGACGAUUGAAGAAUUCUUGGAAAAGAAUGAAGAAUCUUGUCGAUUGGCAGCGAUUGAAUUAAACCGCAAAAGUCAAAUGGUUUCAGAGGCUGUUGAAGAGGUGUUAAAUUUGGUUCAAGAUGCAACCCAAAAGUUUAAAUCAAUGAUGAGCACUGAAAGCGAUGACAUUGCUCCAGAGGAAUCGCGUAUGAAUACAAUACGUUCAAAGGAAAAUGGCGACGAAUCAGGAGGCACGGGCCAAUCACAGGACUGGAGUAUCCUUUGGUCAUGUUUCGAUAAUCCGGUAUCUUUAUUGUCUGCAAAUAAUAGUUUGCCAAAAGGUAUGAAAGAUAUGGUAAGUAAUGCAGUAUCUGAAAUGCGCCGUUACUAUAGUCGGAAAGUUAUUGAUGUGUUGAUAAAAGUCACUCGAUCGUCGUUGGAUAUCUUACGAAAACGAUUUAUUAUCGAAGAGGUUGAAAAUGAUAUCAACGAAUCAUCGACUGCGAAAGUAAAACCACCUUCGUCGGAAAAACUGAAACCCAUAUUUUUAGUAAAUUCGAUUCUAAUGAUACCGAACGUUGUAAUUCGACCAACACUUGAUGAUUUACAAGAAGCACUCAUCACGGCUGGAAAGAAUAUAACGGGAGUUUCAAAAGGCGUUGCACAAUGGAGUUCCGGAAAAGAGUCCUCUCAAAGUCACGUUCGACAGCCACGACGUUCCGAACAGGAUGAUAAACGUUCACGUCGACGUAAGCUUUAUAAUUUGCAAUCCGAGGAACGCCCUCAAAUGCCACACAUGACGAAAAGCUUUUAUAGUUUCGUCAUGGAAAAUAAAGAAGUGGUUAAAAUACAAAAUUUACUAGCCAAUUGCACAAAAUCGGUUAAACCCGAAUUGAACACAUUUGUCAAACGUUGGAAACCAUACCAUUUCCUGUGGAAAAAUGAUAAAAGCACUCGUGAAUUAAUGGAAAUGGGGCUUUUGGAUUUCGAAUCAACGUUGAGUUGCUUGGCUCAAUUGGACGCCAAUUUGUUGAUCGAAACGGAUUUCGUUCAUUUAUGCAAUUGCAUUGCAGUUUCCACGGAAAAAUUAAAAUACGGUCUUGCUGUUGAAAUUAAAUCAUGCACACAUAAAGUUGGACAAGCGAUGAAAAAGAAAUACAAACGAGAAAUGGAUUAUGUUUAUGCGGUAAUCAAUGAGAUGGAUAGGAAAUUAGAUCGAAAUAUUCGCGAUUUGGAUGAUGUGAGAAUGAUAAUGGACACACUGGCCAAAAUACGUGAACAAGAAGUCGAUAUGGAAUUGAAAAUUGAACCGAUUGAGGAAGCAUUUAAUAUUUUGACAAGAUAUGAGGUCGCCGUUGAUCGUGAGCACUUUGAUCAAGUCGACAAUUUACGAUACACAUUUAAUAAAUUGCUUGCCAGAGCACUUCAAUCACAAUGCAAACUACUAGAAAUGCAACCAGCGUUCCAAUCGGAUCUAUUUAAAAAUCUGGACACUUUCAAGGCCGAUAAAAUUGAUUAUGUGAACGAGUAUCGAAAUACCGGUCCAAUGCAGACGGGUCUUACUCCACGUGAAGCUUCGGACAAAUUGAUUCUCUUCCAAAAUCGAUUUGAGGGACUAUGGCGCCGAUUACAGACGUAUCAAAGUGGCGAAGAGCUAUUCGGUUUACCUCAAACGGAUUAUCCGGAAUUGGGACAGAUACGAAAAGAAUUGAAUCUCUUGCAGAAAUUGUAUAAAUUGUAUAACGAUGUAAUUGAUCGUGUGAGCAGCUACUACAGCAUACCAUGGAAUGAAAUUGACAUCGAGGAAAUCAAUAACGAAUUGAUGGAGUUCCAAAAUCGUUGUCGCAAACUACCGAAAGCAUUAAAAGAAUGGCCGGCAUUCCACGCGCUCAAAGCAACCAUAGACGACUUCAACGAUAUGUGCCCUUUGUUGGAAUUAAUGGCAAACAAAGCUAUGAAACCCCGUCAUUGGGCACGAAUCAUGGAGGUGUGUCGAUUUACAUUCGAAUUCGAUACGGCUGGAUUUUCACUGAAAAAUAUUCUUGAGGCGCCAAUUAGGCAGUACAAAGAGAAUAUCGAAGAUAUUUGUAUCAGUAGCAUAAAAGAGAAGGACAUUGAGAGUAAAUUGAAGGUCGUUACAAACGAGUGGUCUGUUUACGAACUCCAGUUCAUGACAUUCAAUAACCGUGGUGAACUGCUUCUUCGAGGUGACACCACGGCAGAGACGAUUACACAAUUAGAGGACAGUCUUAUGAUCCUCGGAAGUUUGAUGUCUAAUCGUUAUAAUGCACCUUUUCGCAAACAAAUCCAGCAAUGGGUUUAUGACCUGUCGAAUUCGAAUGAAAUUCUCGAACGAUGGUUGCUUGUGCAGAAUAUGUGGGUAUAUCUAGAGGCAGUAUUCGUGGGCGGCGACAUUGCAAAACAAUUGCCCAAGGAGGCGAAACGUUUCUCAAAAAUCGACAAAUCAUGGCAAAAAAUAAUGCAACGUGCACAUGAAACGCCGGGUGUCGUGGCCUGUUGCGUUGGCGACGACUUACUCAAGCAACUGUUGCCACAUCUACAAGAACAAUUGGAACUGUGUCAAAAAUCAUUGAGCGGAUAUCUCGAGCGCAAACGAACAAUGUUUCCACGUUUCUUUUUUGUCUCCGAUCCGGCUUUGUUGGAAAUUUUGGGACAAGCAUCCGAUUCUCACACAAUUCAAAAUCAUUUACUUUCGAUAUUUGAUAAUACGCGUUCGGUUAAAUUUCAUGACAUUGAAUACAACAAAAUGUUGGCCGUUGUAUCGUCUGAAGGUGAAGUAAUUCAACUCGAUCGUGCAAUUCGAGCCGAAGGCUCUGUAGAAACAUGGUUAACAUCAUUGUUGCACUCAUCGCAACAAUCAUUGCAUUCAAUCAUUCGAUUGGCAUACACAAAUAUAAACGAUGCAAAUUUCAACUUGGUGCCAUUCUUAGAGAAAAUGCCCGCUCAGAUCGGUUUGCUGGGUAUUCAAAUGAUAUGGACACGUGAUGCAGAGUUGGCAUUGAUUCAAGCACGAAUGGAAAAGAAAGUCAUGGUCGAAACAAACAACAAAUUUCUCGAGAUUCUGAACACACUCAUCGACCAAACUACUCGUGACCUAACCAAAAUCGAACGAAUCAAAUUCGAAACACUGAUCACUAUUCAUGUGCAUCAACGGGACAUUUUCGAUAUUUUGUGUCGCAUGGGUGUUCGUUCGGCUAACGAUUUCGAAUGGUUGAAGCAAUGUCGCUUCUAUUUCAAAGAAGACCACGACAAAACAUGGGUUUCAAUCACCGAUGUUACUUUUUGUUACCAAAACGAAUAUUUAGGUUGCACGGAUAGGUUAGUUAUUACCCCACUUACCGAUCGGUGUUAUAUUACGUUGGCGCAGGCAUUGACAAUGAGCAUGGGAGGAAGUCCAUGUGGCCCUGCUGGCACAGGUAAAACCGAAACAGUGAAAGACAUGGGAAAAACUCUUGCAAAAUAUGUGGUCGUCUUCAACUGUUCCGAUCAAAUGGAUUACAGAGGAUUGGGGCGUAUUUACAAAGGAUUGGCUCAGUCCGGUUCAUGGGGUUGCUUUGAUGAAUUCAAUCGUAUUGAAUUGCCGGUUCUUUCGGUUGCCGCUCAACAAGUGGCCGUCGUGCUUACUGCCCGAAAGGAAAAGAAAAAAACAUUUGUUUUCACCGACGGUGACACUAUGGAGCUGAAUAAUGAAUUUGGCAUUUUCAUAACAAUGAAUCCUGGUUAUGCCGGUCGAAAAGAAUUACCCGAAAAUCUAAAAAUCCAAUUUCGAACGGUGGCAAUGAUGGUUCCCGACCGUCAGAUAAUUAUUCGUGUUAAGCUCGCUUCUUGUGGUUUCCUCGAGAACAUUACUUUAGCCAGAAAGUUUUACACACUUUACAAACUAUGCGAAGAACAGUUAACGAAACAAGUGCAUUAUGAUUUCGGUUUGCGAAAUAUUCUCUCUGUUCUACGUUCGCUUGGAGCAGCCAAACGGCAAAAUUCAAAAGAUAGUGAAUCAACCAUUGUAAUGCGUGUAUUGCGUGACAUGAACCUAUCCAAGUUAAUUGAUGAUGAUGAACCGUUAUUCAUAUCGUUGGUUGCGGAUCUGUUUCCCAAUCAAACAAUCGAAAAAACUGUUUAUGCCGAACUCGAAGCAGCUAUUGCCGAACAGACAGAGGCGGCAAAUUUAGUCUAUCAUCCACCAUGGGUUCUGAAAUUAAUUCAAUUGUAUGAAACACAAACGGUACGUCAUGGUAUAAUGACUUUGGGUCCUAGCGGAGCUGGCAAAACUCAAUGCAUUCAAAUACUCAUGAAAUCAUUAACACAAAUGGGUGACAAUCAUAGAGAAAUGCGAAUGAAUCCAAAAGCAAUAACGGCGUCUCAAAUGUUUGGCAAAUUGGAUGUGGCCACAAAUGAUUGGACGGAUGGUAUUUUCAGUGCACUUUGGCGCAAAACAUUAAAAAUGAAGAAAAAUGAAUAUGUUUGGCUGGUGCUCGAUGGCCCAGUUGAUAGUAUCUGGAUUGAGAAUUUAAAUUCAGUUUUAGAUGACAAUAAAACACUAACACUGGCAAAUGGUGAUCGUUUGAGCAUGUCACCCACUUGCAAAAUCAUUUUUGAACCACAAAAUAUAGACAAUGCAUCACCAGCAACGGUGUCACGUAAUGGAAUGGUGUACAUGAGUAGCAGUGGCCUCGAUUGGGUUCCAAUUCUCAAUGCAUGGUUGAAGUCCAGAACACAGCGAGAAGUGUCUGUUUUCCAGGAAAUGUUUGAAAAGUCGUUUCAAGCUUUGUACACAUGGGAAACGCAAAAUCUUCAAUUGAAAAUGGACGUUCUGCAGUGUAAUAUUGUGCAACAAAUGCUUAUUAUCCUUGAAGGUCUGGUGCCGAAACCUAAAGCCGAAGAUCAAGAAGUUGCCGCUUCGGUUCAUGAAAGUGUUGAAGAUGAGGUUCCCGAGGACCUGGCGGUCUCAGAGGAAAAAGAGGAAUUAUUUUCUGUGGAACAUUUACAUCGUUUGUAUAUUUUUGCAAUGACAUGGAGCUUUGGUGCCCUUUUAAAUACCGAAGACCGUAAAAAAUUGGAUGUUUUCGUACACGAAAAGUUUUCGGAUUUCGAUUUUCCAAAAGAAGAAUCCGAUCCAGAUAUGGAUCAAUCGAUAUUCGACUAUUUUGUUACGAAAACCGGCAAUUGGAAAAACUGGAAAACACUUGUCACCACAUACGUUUAUCCCGAAUAUGCGACACCCGAUUUUUCGGGCAUUUUAAUUCCAAUUGUGGAUAAUGUACGUAUUGAUUAUUUGAUUGGAACAAUUGCACAACAAGAACGAGCCGUUUUAUUGAUUGGUGAGCAAGGAACUGGCAAAACGGUCAUUAUGAAAAAUUACAUGAAGAAAAUGAGUCCGGAAACACAUAUUGGUCGUUCAUUCAACUUCUCAUCGGCCACUAGCCCAUAUCAAUUCCAAAAAACAAUUGAAAAUUAUGUGGAAAAGAGAUUGGGAAAUACAUUUGGUCCGUCAAAUGGCCGAAAAAUGAUUGUGUUUAUUGAUGACAUUAAUUUGCCCCAAAUCAAUGUAUGGGGUGACCAAGUGACAAAUGAAAUUGUUCGUCAAACGAUGGACAUGAGUGGUUUUUACAGUCUCGAAAAGCCAGGAGAAUUCACAAACAUCGUUGAUGUGCAAUACUUUGGGGCAAUGGGCAUUCCAGGUGGUGGACGCAAUGAUAUUCCACAACGAUUGAAGCGCCAAUUUUGUGUCUUUAAUGUGAACAUUCCCGAUAACGAGUCAAUUGAUAAGAUUUUCCGUACAGUGGGCGAAGGACAUUAUAAUGUAAAACGCGGUUUUGUUCCUGGUGUUCGGGCACUUGUCAAAAAACUAAUUCCGUUGACCCGAUUACUGUGGACAUCCACGAGAAACCGAUUGCUGCCGACACCGGCAAAAUUCCAUUAUGUUUUCAAUUUAAGGGAUUUAUCUCGAAUAUGGCAGGGCAUGAUAUCGACAUUGUCUACGGUCAUUACAAGUGAAAAUAUUAUGAUUGAAUUAUGGAAGCAUGAAUGUAUGCGUGUAUUUUCUGAUCGUUUCACUAUUGAAUCGGACAAAGAAUGGUUCCGUACAGAAUUGAUUUCCUUAAUUCUAACUGAAUUGGGCGAAGAUUAUGUUGAUAUGGCGAAAUCGAAUCCGGUGUUUGUUGAUUUCAUGCGUGAUGCUCCCGAACCAACUGGUGAAGAGGGUGAAGACGCAGACAUGGAACUACCAAAAGUGUAUGAACCAGUUCAUUCAUACGACGUACUGCGCGAACGUUUGAACAUGUUUCUGUCUCAAUUUAACGAAAUGGUUCGUGGACUUGGCAUGGAUUUGGUUUUCUUCCCCGAUGCAAUGUUACAUUUAAUCAAAAUCUCCCGUAUAAUUCGUCAUCCGCGUGGUAAUGUAAUGUUGGUCGGCGUAGGUGGAAGUGGAAAACAAUCUCUCACCAAAUUAGCAACUUUCAUUGCCGGUUAUAAAGUUUUCCAAAUUAGUUUAACGCGAUCGUACAAUGUCAGCAAUUUCCUCGAAGAUUUGAAAUUACUCUAUAGAAGCUGUGGAGUUCAAGGAAAAGGGACGACAUUUUUGUUUUCAGAUUUGGAUAUCAAAGAAGAAGGUUUCCUUGAAUAUUUGAAUAACAUUCUGUCUUCUGGAGUAAUUUCAAAUUUAUUCACGCGAGACGAACAACAAGAAAUUGUCUCCGAAUUAACGCCUGUAAUGAAACGAGAAAAUCCAAAACGAACUAUUAAUGCGGAAACGGUGAUGGAGUACUUUCUCCAAAGAGCAGCUCACAAUUUACAUGUUGCAUUUUGCUUUUCGCCCGUCGGUGAAACAUUCCGACAUCGUGUACAACGAUUUCCAGCGCUCGUAUCGGGAUGCACAAUCGAUUGGUUUCAACCAUGGCCCAAAGAUGCCCUUGUCUCAGUUGCUCACCACUUCUUAUCCGAUUUCCAAAUUGAAUGUGUGGACGAGGUGAAAACUGAAUUGAUUCGAGCAUUGGGCACGAUUCAAAGCAUCGUGAGUGAGAUUUCGGUUGAAUAUUUCCAACGUUUUCGACGAGCAACACACGUGACACCAAAAUCAUACUUGAAUUUUAUUGCUGGCUAUAAAAGCAUUUACCAAAUGAAACAAUCCGAACUCAGAGACGGUGUUGAAAAAAUGGAAACCGGUCUGGAAAAACUGGCAGAGGCAUCAGCUUCAGUUGAAAUACUAAAAAUGGAUUUGGCGGUGAUGGAACAAGAUUUGGCUAUUGCUUCGCAAAAAGCCGAAAGUGUCUUAACUGAAGUAACCGAGAAAGCCAGUCAAGCUGAAGUCGUAAAAAAUCAAGUGCAAAUCGUAAAAGAAAAAGCAGAGGCUCUUGUAGCCAAAAUAGCCGAAGAAAAAGCAUUCGCUGAAGAAAAGUUAGAAGCAGCCAAACCAGCACUGGAAGAAGCAGAAUCUGCUUUGAAUACAAUAAAACCCGCACAUAUUGCUACAGUGCGUAAACUUGGACGACCACCACAUUUAAUUAUGCGGAUCAUGGACUGUGUAUUAAUAUUAUUCCAACGUAAAAUACAUCCUUGCAUUCCGGACACAGCUGCUCCAUGUCCCAAGCCGAGCUGGCAAGAAUCUCUCAAGAUGAUGGCAAGCACAACCUUCUUGCUUCAACUACAAAAUUAUCCAAAAGAUUCAAUAAAUGAUGAAAUGAUUGAUUUUCUGCAACCGUACUUUGCAAUGGAAGACUACAAUAUGGAUAUGGCACGACGUGUUUGCGGAGAUGUUGCCGGUUUGCUAUCAUGGACAAAAGCAAUGGCAUUUUUUCACGGCGUCAAUAAAGAAGUGCUACCACUGAAAGCCAAUUUAACAUUGCAGGAAGCCCGUCUUAAGCUUGCCAUGGAUGAUUUGGCCGGCGCCGAAAAUCAAUUGCUAGAACGUGAAAAUGCUUUGCAAGAAGUGAAAAAUCAAUACGAUGCUGCCGUUGGCGAAAAACAACGUUUAACGGACGCUGCAAAUGUAUGUCUGCGAAAAAUGACAGCCGCAACGGCUUUAAUUAAUGGUUUACAAGGCGAGAAACUUCGAUGGACACAACAAAGCAAAGAAUUUAAAAUACAGCUCGGCAAAUUAGUGGGUGAUGUAUUAUUGGCCACCGGGUUUCUCUCUUACGGUGGUCCAUACAAUCAAGAAUUUCGUUCCAACUUAUUGAAGACGUGGAUGGGAAUUUUAAAAUCGAAAUAUAUUCCAUUCACAACCAAUUUGAAUAUCACCCAAAUGAUGGUCGAUUCAGCCACCGUUAGCGAAUGGACGCUGCAAGGUUUACCAAACGAUGAACUUUCCGUACAAAAUGCACUUAUAGCCACCAAAUCACGCAGCUACCCGUUGCUUAUCGAUCCUCAGAUCCAAGGCAAGAUCUGGAUCAAAAGCAAAGAAGAUCAAAAUGAAUUGCAAAUCACAUCGCUUAACCAUAAAUAUUUCCGCACACAUUUAGAAGAUUCGCUGUCGUUGGGUCGACCACUGCUAAUCGAAGACGUGGGCACUGAACUCGAUCCUGUGAUUGAUAAUGUCUUGGAAAAGAAUUUCAUCAAAUCGGGUAGUAUCGAAAAGGUGUUAGUUGGUGACAAAGAGUGCGAUGUGAUGCCUGGUUUCUUCUUAUACAUAACUACAAAAUUGCCGAAUCCACCGUUUAGUCCAGAAAUUAGCGCCAAAACCAGUAUUAUCGAUUUUACGGUCACAAUGCGCGGGUUAGAAGAUCAAUUACUGGGCCGAGUCAUAUUGAUGGAGAAAUCUGAUUUGGAGGCCGAACGAGUGCAACUUUUUGAAAGUGUAAUGAAGAAUCAGCGAAGCAUGAAAGAGCUUGAAGCAAAUCUUUUGUCAAGAUUAAGUUCGUCAGAAGGAUCUCUUGUUGACGACGAAGAAUUGAUUGAGGUAUUGGGUGUUACAAAAACAACAGCCGAAGAAGUCAAUCAAAAGUUGAAAAUAUCCGAAGUAACGGAGCGAAAAAUUACGGUGGCAAGAGAAGAAUUCCGUGGAGUAGCAACACGUGGCUCAAUUUUGUACUUUUUAAUUGUCGAAAUGAGCAAUGUUAAUGUUAUGUACCAAAAUUCACUCAAACAAUUUCUCGUUAUUUUCGAUAAUUCGAUUCUAAAAUCGAUCAAAAGCAAUAACACCGAAGAACGUAUCAAUAAUAUUUUGAAAUAUUUAACGUACGAAAUAUGGGCGUUUACUAGUCGCAGCUUAUACGAAAGACAUAAACAAUUGUACACGCUUUUAUUAGCUAUAAAAAUCGAUUACAAUAAGGGAAUUAUAACGCACGAAGAAUUUAUGGCGUUUGUCAAAGGCGGUGCAUCGCUUGAUUUGAAUGCUGUCACACCGAAACCGUUCAGAUGGAUAUUGGAUAUUACUUGGUUGAACCUGGUUGAGAUAAGCAAGCUUAACACUUUUAGCGAUUUAUUGAAAAAGAUCGAAACCAAUGAAAAAGAUUGGAGAAUAUGGUACGAAUCGGAAAAACCAGAAGCCGAAGAAAUUCCUUGCUCAUACAGUUCCACGUUGGAUGGUUUUCGAAAGUUGCUUCUCAUUCGUAGUUGGAGCCCAGAUCGAACAAUAUCACAAGCAAAGAAAUAUAUCGAAGAAUCACUCGGCCCUGAGUAUAGUGAGAUGCAAAUUUUGGACUUGGAUGCCACUUGGUCAGAGUCAGAGCCAAGAACACCGCUUGUAUGCAUUUUAUCAAUCGGUUCCGAUCCAACCUCUCAGAUUGCAACAUUAUCCAAAAACAAAAAUAUCCCUCUUAAAAUGGUAUCGAUGGGUCAAGGACAAGAGUUACAUGCCCGUAGAAUGAUGACCGAUUGCAUGGCUGGUGGCGGAUGGGUGCUACUCCAAAAUGUUCAUUUAUCGCUACCAUUCUGUUCCGAAAUUAUUGAUGUUCUGGUUGAAACUGAGCACAUUGACGACACAUUCCGUUUAUGGGUAACAACCGAAGUGCACGAAGAAUUUCCAAUCGGUUUACUGCAAAUGGCAAUCAAAUUCACUAAUGAACCACCACAAGGCAUUCGAGCCAGUUUGAAAAGAAGUUAUCAGGCAUUCUCACAGGAUUUUCUUGACUAUACAACCGCAUCACAAUGGCCGGCUUUGCUCUAUACGAUUGCAUUUUUGCACACAAUCGUACAGGAACGAAGAAAGUUUGGACCGCUCGGUUGGAAUAUUCCGUAUGAAUUUAAUCAAGCCGAUUUCGCAGCCAGUGUGCAAUUCAUUCAAAAUCAUCUCGAUGAAAUCGAUCCAAAGAAAGGUGUAUCAUGGCAAACUUUAUGCUAUAUGCUCGGCGAGGUGAUGUACGGUGGAAGAGUUACCGACGACUUCGAUAAACGAUUGUUGGUUACAUUUACAAGUGUUUGGUUCAAUGAAACAUUGCUAUCGCCAAAUUUCGAAUUUCACAAAGGAUACCGAGUGCCGAUGUCAAGGAAUUUACAUACGUACACCGACUAUAUAAAUAGUUUGCCAACAAAUGAUACUCCCGAAGUGUUUGGCUUGCAUUCAAAUGCCGACAUCUCUUAUCAAAUAAAUACAGCAAAAGGUAUACUCGAUACAAUUUUGAACGUGCAACCAAAGGAAGGUGGUGGCGGUGGUGGUGAAACCCGUGAAAGUAUUGUGUAUCAAUUGGCGGAUGAUAUGCUACGCAAACUACCUCCAAAAUAUGUUUCGUUUGAAGUUCGUGAAGCUUUGCAACGCUUGGGCGCCUUUUUACCCAUGAACAUUUUCUUCAGACAAGAGCUGGAUCGAAUGCAGAAAGUUAUUUGCGAAGUUUAUGAGAGUUUGUGCAAUCUAAAACUUGCUAUCGAUGGAACGAUUGUUAUGAGUCCAAAUCUACGAGCUUCGUUGGAUGCCAUGUAUGAUGCUCGCAUACCGGAAAAAUGGAUGAAGAUUUCGUGGGAAUCAACAACGCUUGGCUUUUGGUAUACAGAGUUGCUGGAGAGAAAUGCACAAUUCCGUACAUGGUUUUUAACAGACCGACCAAAGGUAUUUUGGAUGACGGGUUUUUUCAAUCCACAAGGCUUUUUGACGGCCAUGCGACAAGAGGUGACUCGUGCACACAAAGGAUGGGCCCUUGACUCGGUCGUUUUACAAAAUCAAAUAACCCGUCACAAUAAAGAAGACAUCAAUGAAGCACCAACUGAAGGAGUUUAUGUGCACGGACUAUUUCUUGAAGGUGCAUCACUGGAUCGCCGUAGUGGCAAAUUGAUUGAAUCAAGGCCAAAAGUGCUCUAUGAACAAAUGCCAGUUAUUUAUAUUUAUGCGAUAAAUACGACAGCUGGAAAAGAUCCCCGGCUCUACGAAUGUCCGAUAUAUCGAAAACCUCAACGAACCGAUCAAAAGUAUGUGGGAUCUAUCGAUUUUGAAACGGACUUUAAUCCAAGACAUUGGACACUCCGUGGAGUGGCCCUGUUAUGUGAUAUUAAAUAAACACUGAAUGGAAAAUUACAAUUAUUCAUCAUUAAUUCUUGCAUUUAUAAUAACACUAUAAUUAGAUAUUGAUUUUACGAACAAAAUAUGUCCGAUUGAAUUCAAAUAAAAAC